GCAAAUUGUACUAGAUUGUACAAUAAUAUGGCCGACACUUGCUUCAUAAAGUAUCAGCAACGUAACAAGCGUAUUAAUCCUUAUGAACUUUUCAUACGCUCUGCAUAUUCGAGAGUCAUCGUUUGGAGAUCGCGGUAUCAGAAGUAUUCAUCUAGAUUCACCGAUAUAAAUUCAUGGGAAAAACGUCAGUCUAUUAGGAAGGGUUGGGAAGGUAUCAAAUUGUCAAUAAUACGGUGACAAAAGUUCUGACGUACGUUGGAACUUGUUAAGGCUAGUGUUGGUCUCAUAAGAAAGUACAAUAGGGAUCGUAUUAACGACUAAGAAGACGAUGGAAUACGUGUUAAUAAAAGACAUAAGACCCGGGCAGAAAAAUAUAAAUGUAGUGUUUAUUAUUUUGGAGGUUGGCCAUCCUACUAUCACCAAAGAAAACCGCGAAGUUCGAACGUUCAAAGUUGCAGACAGUACUGCCUGUAUGAAUGUCUCCAUUUGGGAUGAACCUGGUCAGCUAUUAGUUCCCGGUGACAUUGUUAGAUUAACCAAAGGAUAUGCCUCCGUUUGGAGGCAAUGUUUGACCUUGUAUUCGGGAAAAAAUGGAGACAUUCAAAAGAUUGGAGAAUUUUGUAUGGUUAUAAACGAACAAUUGAAUAUAAGCGAACCAAAUCCUGCUUUAGCCCAACAAUUGAUUAAUCAAAGUGGAUCGGGACCACCUGGUAAUAACGUUAACAGUACGAUAACGAACAAUGGAAAUGCGACCAUCAUUCCUGGUCAACCUGGACGUCAACCUUUGGCUGUUCAAAGUAACGUUGCUACGACGGCAACAGCAGCAGCGGCAACAGUAUCUACGACCGGUACAAUUGGAACUUCGACGACUACAGAAAAGAGAGGAAAUAUCGGUAAUGGGGGUAGCGGAAAUACCGGAGGCAAUAAUAGCGGAGGAUCAGGUUUACCUGGCGGAUCUGCCAGAUAUUCUAGCAACGAAUCUUCCCCAAAAUCUACAACCACCACGAAAAGUAAUUCGCGAGGCCGUGGAGGCUAUAGAAAUGGUAGUCGCAUUGAUCGCAGAUAACAUAUGUCUAAGAUACCAAUAACAUCAUAAGCGUUAUUAUGAAGGCACAAAAAGACGCAACAUCCAACACGAUUGUAAUAUAAAAUGUUUUUUCUAAGAUUUCUCUAUAUCUAUCUAUAUCUCAGUUCUUACGAAACAAUGUAACAAUUAUAUGCGUUCAAAUGAACGUAUCUAAUUGUACGCAUUUGAGAGCAGUUAUGCCAAAAUUACCCUAACAUUAAUGCAACUUAAGCGAGAUGGAUCGUUUUCAAUACAUUUAAAUAUUAGAUAAUAUUGGAAUAAUAUUAUCAAGUACGAGUACC